AUGAGCGAAACAGCAAUUCAAUUGACAUCUGAGCAUUUUGCACGUUGUGAAUUUCGAUCUGGAGAAGCUCGAAUACCAAUGGCUGUUGCUGUUGAUCCGUUCAAUCCAGAAAUUUCAUGCGAAAAUUUAGUAAUUCCAAAAUGCCAAAAAUGCGGCCAAUAUAUAACAAAAACAGAUGAAGAUGCCUAUGCUCAAACAAAAUGGAAUUGCAAAUUUUGCGAUUCUAAAAAUGAAGAGUUAAUUCCUUUCAAUUUUAGUAAUGCUGUAGAUUUUGAAGUUCAAUUAGAUGAACUGUCAGCCCAAACAUUCUUUGUUGUUGAUUCAACUUUACAAUCUCGUUCAACAAAUUUUUUAUCAAUUGUUUUAAAUUCUUUUAACAGAUCAAUUCCAGAAGAUAUGACAAAUUUUGCAGUUGCUAGCGCUACUGAUAUUAUUUCUUAUCUUGUAUCUCCAUCAAAAAUUUAUGAUUUUCCUUGUUUAUCAGAUUUAACAGAAUUACCACCUUUUAUCUUUCAUAAAACAAAUGAAAAGAACUUUACAAAGCUAAUAAAUGACAAAUCACAAGAAAAAUUUCAUAUAAAUAGUAUAUUAUCUCAUUUAACAAGCGGAGCAAGGAAAAAUUCAAGG